UUUCCACUGAAGUGCGUGAAUUUCAUACCAAACCCAUACUUCGCAUUCCACCUUUACUGUCAAACCGGGAGAAAUAUUACUGAAAACAAUAGAGCACCAAGAUAAAUAUAACUUUAAAGAAAUUAACCUCGUCCAGUGCUAUCGGUAGAGGUGUUUCCCAAUAAAGAAUUGUCAGAGAGAAACGACAGAAGUGUUUGGAGAGAUCGUUCACUCCUUUUUCUACGUUAUCAGUACUUGCGUAGCGUGGGGGCUCGUGGCAGGGCCCGGUAGGAGCCGGCACCAUUGCGUCCAACAAGUGGAGUGCCAACGGCAGCCCGGAGCAGGGGCUGGAGGAUGGGAGUGAUGAGCUGGACAAGGCCAUGGACGGAGACGCCGAGGGCGUGUGGAGCCCCGACAUCGAGCAGAGCUUUCAGGAGGCGCUGGCUAUAUAUCCGCCCUGCGGCCGGCGCAAGAUCAUCCUUUCGGAUGAGGGAAAGAUGUACGGUCGCAAUGAGCUUAUUGCCAGAUACAUCAAGCUGAGAACAGGCAAAACCCGCACAAGAAAACAGGUAUCUAGUCACAUACAGGUGUUAGCGCGGAAGAAAGUUCGAGAGUAUCAAGCAGGUAUAAAGGCCAUGAACUUGGAUCAAGCGUCCAAAGACAAGGCUCUCCAGAACAUGGCGGCACUUUCCUCCGCUCAGAUCGUGUCCCCAAGUCUAAUCAAAACCCCUCUUCCGCCGCUUCCGCAGUCCCCUUACCCUCCAACUGCACGGUUCUGGCCAACUCCCAUCCCAGGUCAACCCGGACCCUCUGAGGAGCUGGUUCUUAAGCACAAUCCAGGAAGAAGUCCUGGGCUUGGCCGCACCAGCUACGCCAUCAAGCCAUUUGCACAAACUCCUUACCCAAACCUAUCAGGACCUGUUCAGCAACCCUUAUCGUAUGAGCCUCUGGCUCCUCCUCUCCCGCCGGUUGCAACUGCAGUGCCCGUGUGGCAGGAUCGCACCAUCGCCUCCUCCAAACUGCGUCUUCUGGAGUACUCCGCUUUCAUGGAGGUCCCGCAGGACCAGGACUCUUACAGCAAACACCUGUUUGUUCACAUUGGCCAGACCAACCCCUCCUACAGCGACCCUUUGCUGGAGGCGGUGGACAUCCGACAGAUCUACGACAAGUUCCCCGAGAAGACGGGAGGACUCAAGGAGCUGUACGAGAAGGGCCCUCAAAACGCCUUCUUCCUCGUCAAAUUUUGGGCGGAUCUGAACAACAGCGGCGUUCAGGAUGGACCGGGCUCCUUCUACGGAGUCAGCAGUCAGUAUAGCAGCUCGGAGAACAUGACCAUCACCGUUUCAACCAAAGUCUGCUCUUUCGGGAAGCAAGUGGUGGAAAAAGUGGAGACAGAGUACGCUCGUGUGGAGGGAGGGAAGUGCUUGUAUCGGAUCCAUCGUUCUCCCAUGUGCGAAUAUAUGAUCAACUUUAUCCACAAGCUCAAGCACCUGCCUGAGAAAUACAUGAUGAACAGCGUAUUAGAAAACUUCACCAUCUUACAGGUGGUGACCAACAGGGAAACCCAGGAGACUCUACUGUGUAUAGCGUUUGUAUUUGAAGUGUCGACGAGUGAACACGGGGCACAAUACCACGUCUAUAGGCUCGUUAAAGACUAGCGCCGCAGCCGGCUGUUCUGACAACAGACUUCUGUUGCUUUGCACAGUCCCUUCAUCACACGUAUGGAGGAAUAUGCCAAAUUGUCCAAACAUCGGAGGAAUACGCCAAAAUGUUACAAAAAACCAAAUGUUUUGCUUUUGUUCUAAACCUGGUACAGAAUUUGAGUCUUUGAGGACAUAAAAAAUAUAGUAUUACUCUGUUAAAAAAACUUUUUGUAUUUGUUUUUAAAUGCCUUAAAUACAAAAUGGGUCACGUUGGUUUUGUUGCAUAUACAGAUCAUAGAUGUCUUUUAAGCUUUGUUGUGUCUCCACGGAGGGAAUGUGAAUGUGUUUUGAUGGGAAAGAAUGUCAUGAAAGACAAUGUGUGCCGUUCAUAAGCGGCACAUGCAGCGUUUCACAGUGAUAUAAGGGUGAAUCUCACAAAGGAAGGUCUCAUUUUGCCCUGAAAUCAGAAGGAAACAUAUAUAGCGUAUACAUAUAUUGAAUGAAGAAAAUUAAGGCUGUUUUUACGACUAAUUUUGCAUAUUAUUUUCAUGAACCACACAUUGUCUCCAUAAAUUCUUAUUCAUAUAAUAUUUUUUUUAAAUUAAAAUAUCCAUAAAGGCAGUGCUAUUCAAAUUUGGGUAGCUUUUUGCAAUUAAGCAAUUAAUGUCAAAAAUAAUGCAUAAAAACAUUCAUAAUGCAAAAAAAAGUCCUAAAUACGUUUUCUUUAUGCAAUUUCUUUUCAUAAAGAAAAUUAUUAUAUUUUUUUCUAUUGAUUUUGGGGUGAAAUAUGACCUGGACAAGUUUCGUGAGGUUUACCUUAUUUGUAAAUGAGGACCAGGUCGGCCAGCGGAGGGUUUACGUUCAUCUUUAUAAAGGACAGACGUACUGCAAACACUGCAACGCAGUUAAAUUUUAGGAAAACAGUGCCUUUUUUCUGGCCUUUAUUCAGCUGAAUAACUGCAGAUGUCACUUAAGUUUCAUCGUCUGUCCUUUGAACAAGAGAAAAGGCGUCAGUUUUGCAGGUACUAAAGGAUUUUGAGUAGUUGACCCAAAUGUGAGUGCCUUUCUUCAAAGAACACAAAUUAAUCGAUACUCUGAAGUGCCUUUUGACUACCUCUUGACGUAAAAUAGUAGGAUAGAUAAAGCGAUCAAUUUCUUUAUGCUACAACGUGACAAAGUAUUUAACUCUGCUGUUCGUGGAAGCUUUCGCGAGAUGAAUCGAGGAAAGGUCGGAUUGUUUAAAAGUCUGGUACAAAACAAAAAUGGCUUCACAGUUGCUGCCCAUCGAGAUUUUUUUUAAACGUUUAAUCCUGGAACAAUACCUCGAUAGAGUUUGUUUUAUGUAUUUUUUAAUCCGAGGAUGUUGCGUUGCUGUCAUAUCUGGUGCUUUUUAAACCCUUGAAGAGAAUGUUUGCAUUUCCAAGCUGUUUCUUACUCGUUUUUUAUUUUCACCUUCACAAUAUACCUGCACUGUGUACCUUUUUUUGCAUCAAGUACAUUUUUCUCAGAUGCUUUAGAUGCUAAAGCAUCAGUUUUUUUGUAUUCCUGGUGUUAAAGUGUAAAAGGGAAAGUCAUUAAUGUCACCCUGUACAUCAGCACAGAUAUGUGUGUUAUAGUUCUUAUGGUUUGUGCAUCUCUUUGAAUCGCAUUUUUUGAUGUAAAAAUACAAAUACUUUUUUUUUUUUUAAAUCAAGAAUGCAC